AUGAAGUUCAACCUCAUUCUCGGUGUCACCACUGUCCUCUGUCUGGCUCCCAACGCCGUGGCUUGGAAACUGCCUCGCGUGUUCGGUAGUGACAACCAGCUGGAGGCUACUCCCACUGCUCAGCCCUCUGGUGGUGCUGAGCCCACUGGUGCCUUCCCUAAUGGUGCAGCCCCCAGCGGUGAUGCUGCUCCAACCGGCACUUUCGGUGGCGGCGCUGCUCCCAGUGGUGGACCUUAUAGUGCCCAGCCCUCUGGCUUUCAGGGUGGUCACGGUGGUCAUAGCAGCUCCCACGGCGGUGGCCAGCGUCCUUCCGGUACCGUUCCAUCCGGUAUUCCAUCUGGCUUUCCCACUGGCGGUUUUCCUUCUGGUGGUCCUCAGCCUAGCGGUGGCUUCGGGGGUUUCAGCGGCUCUCAGGGCGGCGUCAGCCACUUUGGUGGCGAGAGCCAGCAGGGUGAAGGCCAGGGCCAGGGUAGCGAGGGUGGUGUUGCUCCCGCUCCCACCAGCGCUCCUUCUGGUGGUUUCGGAGGAUUUGGUGGUUUCGGUAGUCAGUCCAGCUUCGGCAGCAGGCCCACCCCGGCUCCUACUGGCUCCGCCGUUCCUAGCGCCGAGGGUCAGGGCCAGGGUGAGGGUGAGGGCCAGGGACAGGAGCAGGGACAGGAGCAGGGACAGGGCGAGGGACAGAGCUUCAAGCGCUUCCACGCUCGCCAGAUCCGCCCCAUGGUCUAA